AUCGAACCUCAAUUUCCUGGAUCCUAGGCCGAUGCUCAACCACUGAGCCACACCUGGCCGGGCUAAAUAUCGUCAUUAGAAUGUAAGCAUCAUGAGACCAGGAAAUUUUUUCCUUGUUUCUUGUUGCAUCCUCUGUGUCUCAUACAGGGUCUGACAUAGGAAGUACCUAGUAAAUCUUAGCUGAAUUAAUUAUUUGUUUCUAUAUGGUCUCCAGUUCUCUGAUUCCACACUUAAUUUAUAUCUUCCCCUCUGUAAACUUGUGUGUUUUUACUUGGAUUUUCCCCCCAAAACAUGCAUAAGGUGACUACAAAGAAAUCUCUAUCUUAGUGGUGAUUUAGAAGUAACUAUUAAAGUGUGAUUGACACAUUAGAGUAUAAUCCUGUUUUUCUCCAAGUCUUUUUAUUAUGAAAAGAACAUUCUUAUAUCUACUGUCAUAGCCUCUGUUCUUAUGCUUUUAUCAGUUCUCGUAUUGAUUUGAAUUAUGGAAUCAUUUUACCAAACUUUCAAGCUCAGUCCCUAGUAAAUCUUCAUUUCUUACUUAUUCUCUCACUUCUUGGCAUUUUCUUACUUUGCCACUCCUUUGAUGGUAAUAUUAAUUGUGAAAGAGGGUAAUGUGCUAUAAAUAGUAAAAAGGACCUGAAUACAUCUUUAGUCGAUGAAUAUUGUGAUUGACUCUAGAAUGUGUUAAAUCAUCAUGCAGUAAAUUCUGUGUAAUCAAAACAAAACUAACUUAUGGCUAGGCCAUUUUUUACCUAGUCAUUCUAGAUUAAAAAAAAAUAAAGACAGCAGAAUCAAGCUGAAGAAAAUGCUGUGUAUCCAAUAAAAUCCCAUUUGUUGGAAACCAUGUCUCACUAUACAGAUGAACCCAGAUUUACCAUAGAACAAAUAGAUCUCCUUCAGCGCCUUCGGCGUACUGGAAUGACUAAACAUGAAAUCCUCCAUGCCUUGGAAACUUUGGACCGUCUUGAUCAAGAGCAUAGUGACAAGUUUGGAAGGAGGUCCAGCUAUGGAGGAAGUUCAUAUGGGAAUAGUACCAACAAUGUUCCAGCAUCUUCCUCUACAGCUACAGCUUCCACACAGACCCAGCAUUCGGGAAUGUCCCCAUCACCUAGCAACAGUUAUGAUACCUCCCCACAGCCUUGCACUACCAAUCAGAAUGGGAGGGAGAAUAACGAGAGAUUGUCCACAUCCAAUGGAAAGAUGUCACCAACUCGCUAUCAUGCAAACAGCAUGGGUCAGAGGUCAUACAGUUUUGAAGCCUCAGAAGAGGACCUAGAUGUAGAUGAUAAAGUGGAGGAAUUAAUGAGGAGGGACAGCAGUGUGAUAAAAGAGGAAAUCAAAGCCUUUCUUGCCAAUCGGAGGAUUUCCCAAGCAGUUGUUGCACAGGUAACAGGUAUCAGCCAGAGCCGGAUCUCUCACUGGCUGUUGCAACAGGGAUCAGACCUGAGUGAACAGAAGAAAAGGGCAUUUUACCGAUGGUAUCAGCUUGAGAAGACAAACCCUGGGGCUACGCUAAGUAUGAGACCAGCCCCCAUUCCAAUAGAAGAUCCAGAAUGGAGACAAACGCCUCCCCCAGUCUCUGCUACAUCUGGCACCUUCCGACUAAGACGAGGGAGUCGAUUUACCUGGAGAAAGGAAUGCCUGGCUGUCAUGGAAAGUUACUUCAAUGAGAAUCAAUAUCCAGAUGAAGCAAAGAGAGAAGAAAUUGCAAACGCUUGCAAUGCAGUUAUACAGAAGCCAGGCAAAAAACUGUCAGAUCUGGAACGAGUUACCUCCCUGAAAGUGUAUAAUUGGUUUGCUAACAGACGGAAGGAGAUCAAGAGGAGAGCCAAUAUCGAAGCAGCAAUCCUGGAGAGUCAUGGGAUAGAUGUACAGAGUCCAGGAGGCCAUUCUAACAGCGACGAUGUCGACGGCAAUGACUACUCCGAGCAGGAUACUUGGCAAGUACGCAAUGGGGAGGAGGAGGAGGGAAGAAGUUCAGAGGGAGGCAGAGAAGCAGAGAAGGAUGACAGCACUAGCCAUAGUGACCACCAAGACCCCAUCUCAUUAGCUGUGGAAAUGGCAGCAGUCAACCACACGAUCUUGGCAUUGGCCCGGCAAGGAGCCAACGAAAUCAAGACGGAGGCCCUGGACGACGACUGAUCAGGGAGGGUGAACUCGAGAGUUAACUUAGUUUAGACGUAGCACCUUAGCAGACUUUCCUCGGUCCUUAACGUGUUCUUACAGUAUAACUUGCAGUUUCUUGUAUGUCAGUUAGCCGUUAGGGUCUUCUUGUUCUGUGAAGAUGGCAUGGUGCCCCCAGCCUUUGCAUAUACUCUCAGUAUUAAUUCCCAGUAAGUAAUAAGCAACCAACCAACCAGACUUCCCUCUCCCAGCCCCGAGGCUAGAAAAUCUUGCUGCUCUGUCUUAGCAUUCCAAGAAAGUGCUUCCAGGUAUUUAGAUUGCCCUCAGUUCUCAAAUACUAGGCCACAUAUAAAACCUUGGGUACCGUAGAUUCCUGUCACACUAGUCUGUACCCCUUUCCCUCCUUGAGACUGAUAGGAUGCAAGCUGAGGCAGUGUGGCCCAGGACUGACAGGCCCCAUGUUGGGGGGGGGGGUGUCCCUAGAGCGAGUGGGAGCAACUGAUUUCCAGCUGCAACAAGCGGUGCCUCACAACAGUCACACUGUGGCUAGUUACACUCCUGGGUGCUGUGCUAAGACUGUCAGUGGAAAAUCCGGAUCUCAGAUUUUGGUUGAUAUUAACAUUAAGAUGCCUGACACAGACAUCCAUUCCCCUCACAAGCUGUGUGACUUAGUAGAUAUAAUACUGCCUUCUGUCUUUGGGACCAUGAUUAAAACAAGAAAAGACAAAAGUAGAAGUCAUUUAAAAAAUACACACCCCAGCUUGAGAGGCAUUGGAAAAAACAGGAAUUAUAUGGACGCCAAGUCCAGCUCUCAGAACCACUGUACGUUAGGCAUAGCGCAGGCCCACACCUGUCUGGAAAGUGCUGGGGUUGUCACGGCUCUGCUUAACCUCCUGUCUGUGUCCCCUUUCCCUGCCACCAAAAAAGUCUUUCAAGGAUGAAGCUAAGGUCAAAAUGAGUGAAUGAACUUUCCGUCUUUGUGCCCAUUAACAAGCCCCCUCAGUAUGAGAGGCUGGUAGAGGACUUCAGAGCGGGAUUUUGCUGACUGACUGUCACAAAUGCUAACACUUUCCUACAUAGGAGCAGGAAAAAUGGGGGACAUUUGUCACUUACGUGGUGGGUCUGCGAGAUGUGACAGGUGUGACUGCUUCGGUGUUCUCUCUACUCUGUCCUUGGAGAGGUGUGAAAAGCUGUAUUACUACAGGCAAUUUAUUUAAUAAUUGGAAGCCAUAUUAAUAAUGGAUGUGGUAAUAUUUGUAAAGUUUAAUCUACUUUAAGCAGCAGUACCUAAUGGAAUUUUUUUCCUUGAUCACAUAUGUAGCACUUUUGUUACUUUUAAAAGAUAUUUAUAUUUGAUAAAUCUUUUUUUCAUUUUGAAAACUCAAAAUACCAAACAGUGAACUUGCGUUAUAAAGUCACCCUGUGAUCACCUUGUCAUCUAGUAGCAAAAUGAUGAACUAUUCAUGCAUCAAAGAAAAUUACAUCUGCCGGCCUUGUAUGAAAAUGAUUCUCGGCAUCCCGGUUAAAUAACACACUGUCACUCGGUAAGGAAACAGCCCUCAAGGUAUCAGCAGAGGGUGUGUCUGAAAGAGGCUCAAGUGCCGUCUGUUUUCUGCCUCGUUCCCUCUCUCCUUUCUGUGCACAAUGGAGCCUUGUGUAAAGGAGAUUGUGGGGCUGGUUAUUAAGCAGGGCAUCGGUCUUUCUGUCCAUUACCUGAAAACUAUUUCUAAAAUAGAAGGAAGGCGCCAUUUCCUUACCUCCUCCCCAUCAGAUGUAUUCAGCUCAAAACCAUUGAGAGAGAGUGAGACUGACUGUCCUCUUUCUCGUUAGUGAGAUAGUGCAUGUCCGCCGGUAUUUAGCUGGUCUGACUCCACUGAAGGCCCCUGCUGGCGAGACCAGCUCGUACCUGUUAACUCUGCUCACAUCAGCACGAGGAAGCCUGUACGAGGGCACGGAAGUGCCACUUUGUAUAGGUCUGUGACUUUAAAGAGCUGUCGGCAGGGCCUGGCCUGCUCUUGUCCGUGGAUUUCAGGGGGAAAUGUAUAUACUUUUUCAGCUUCCAAGAAUUGAAGUAGAACAGAGUAGCCUUUUCUGUUUUACUGUAUUACUUGAACCAACAAAUUCAAGAGUAGCAUUUGUUAUUCUCAGGAAUGAUCCCCUCAUUUUCUUUCUUGGUGUGUUUGACUUUUUACUUCGAUUAGGAGAUUGUGUUAUCUUUCUUUGCUUUUAUAUUACUUAAAGAAAUAGAACAUUGUAUCUUUCCAUUUCUGUGGAAUUUUGUUGGCUUAUUCUAGGCUGAAUCAGAAAGAAAAGGAGAAAGAUACACUGACAGGCCACAUCCAUGAUUUAUUAUUGUAAAGAGAUUAUUAUAAUUGAUAGCUUCUUUAUGAUGGGAUUGCUGGUGCCGUUCGUUCUCGCUGGUCUUUUUAAAGAAACAGACUCAAACUGUUAAGAAGACAGCUGCAGUUUCUAAAGACCUACAGUGUUUGCCAGAGAAGAGCUAAAAGGUUUCAUUGUUUUAAGACCUUUACGGAAGGAGGGGAAAUAGAAUAAAGGAGAGUGCGUAUCCAUGGGGCAGUACCAGAGCCUGUCUGGCAACCUGGAGAAAGCAAAAGACUGUCUCCCACUGCGGGAUCGCGCCGCUGUUGGGUUUAGUAGGAACGGGAGAAGGAAUCUUUCACCCAGAUUCUCCGUCAGGGAGGCCUGCUGGCUGGCUCUUACCACUGCCUUACAUAUAGCUUCUUUUUCACCAGGAGUAAACAUUUAAUCCUUUGGGGCCUGGAUUUAAAUCUACCAUUGUUUUUGUUACCCUGCUCAGUUCCACUAUCUUGUCCAGGUUACCUUAGUUACUGCAGUGGCUUAUGAAGUUGCCGCUAAUUUGUAAUAUCUUUGGAUGGUCAUUUUUUCUUAAGCUUUUUUAGGUUUGAGAUGUGAUGUUAAACUAGAAACCCUAAACUGCUCUCACUGAAGGGAAUGGAAUGGCCGGGCCCUGAGGGAGUCCCACACUGGCUUCUUGGUGGUCCCGUCCCUCUUCUCUCCUCACUAAAGGGCCAGGGCAGAGGGGUACCUUGCUCAGUUCAUCUAACUUGUCUGUUGUUACUUUCUUAAGACUUCAUUAAAUUACCAUGGUCACAUGGGUACACUUCCUACCCUUCUUAAAACAGAGCCUUACAAAGGGACCUUUUAAAGAUGGACUGUCCUAAUAAAAUUCUGCCUCUUUUGACCAUGCUAACAUUCGAUGAAGGCCAAGAGAACAGUACAGUGUGCUCCUUAUCUGAGACCUCCUGGUGCCAAUGAGUAUAGACAUUUUGAUGUAUUUCAGCAGAGUUUGUAAUGUUAGGGUAGCCCUUAAGGUAGUUUUCUUUACAAUCUCGGUCCUGUAAGCGGUAGGUAAGUGUGGUUACCGUCCACCUGCCUGUGGAAUCUGUACAGUUCCCACACAUUGUCAUUUGGUGGGACAGCCCUGCCCCCACAUUUCCUUAUUCCUUCACAGGAAGAAAGGUCCGAGAACAGGAAGACCCCUUCAGGGUACCUAACUUCAGCUUAGUAGAGGUGACCACCUAGAAAGAGGUGAAUGAGGAAGAAAAGCUCAUAAAUACUGAAGUGUGCAAACCCAGUGCUCUAGUUCCCAGAUUUGAUGGCAGGUUGCCUGCUGAUCAGCAGUAGCUCUGCUGGAGCCAGGUAUCCAUAUAAGUUUUUACCUCAAAGCGGGGGACUACAUGAGCUCGCAAAUAAGGUUGUUUUUUUCUCCGUUUGGCCUUUGUCUUUGUAAACUUCCCUCUCGGAUCCCAAUCUUCAGGCGCCAAGUGGAGACUGACUCUUGUUUCAUCAGGAAUCUCUAGUGACAUCCUCUCCGUCUGUGAACUACAACCCUUCCAUUUUCCUCCGGGCUCCAACACCAAGGCCUCAUCUUGCGCUAACUUCUUUGCUGGAAUUUGUUUUCAAAGCAGACGCCAUAGGUAGGAGUGGCCUGUCUCCUCCCACAAACACUCCUUUCUUCCUCGCAGCCCUUUUUUUUGGACCAGCUACCUAUUCUACUGACCAGCUACAUUAUUUCUGCCCGUAACAGUGGAAAUAACCCUUUUUCCAUAAAUAAUCUCCCACCCCUGUCCUAAAAAUGUGAACUUCAAGAAGUCCUCACUCUCUUUGUUGUUAAGAAGGGUAUGGUUAGAAGUAGCCUUCCCAUCUAAGUCAUGGCUUGCCUUUUUUUUUUUUUUACUUUUUUUGUUCAGAGAACCACCAGAGUAUUUUUUCCCUAGUGAGUCUCAACAGAUUCUUAGGCAAUAACUUUCUUGUUGUUGAUCUGUGCUCAGCAGCACUGUCCAUUGAAUGGUCCUGACCCUCUGCUGUGAGCUGAUUUUCUGUAUCACUCUCAGCCUGUGAUUUAGAUCUUAUGUCAGAGUGGUGGUAGGUUUUGUCAUUUUGUUUUCGUGAUUAUUAGUGAUGUUUUACUACUGCAUUCAUCGGGUCUGCACUGAGACCAGCCAGAUCCAUUGAUAGCUUUACUGAGCCGGCAUUGUCAAGAUUUCCCACUGGUGGUGUCUUUGUGGGGUGAGGGGUGCCAUGGGAGUGGGACACAGGUGGGAAUUAGCAUGUGAUACAUUCCUUUUUGUGUGUUCUCUAAAUAGCAAGGAUGCUUACUCAGGAUUUGGGGAUCCGUUGUCAGCCAUAUUGAAUCUGACAAGCUGAGCUGUGUGCCCUGGAAACCCUCUUACUGUUACUUAAUUUCCAUGUGUCUAAUUUACAUUACCUAGUCAUACCUAAGUUACCCAGUUGAAACGCAUUGUACCCUAAUGAGAACAGAAAGUCUUCCUGGGAGGCAACUGUGAAUGGCCUGGGAGGGCUUCCCUACCGCAGGCGCGGCCAGAGCAGAGGCCCUUUCUCUUCUGUACUGCGGCCUUCUUUAAAAGGGGCGAUUUCUUUCCCGCUCUCAGGAGAACGACUGUACUGAGGUGGUGGGAAAGGCUUUUUAAUACAUCAAGCCUAAGUGUCCAUUUGCCGAAUACAUAAAUCCUCUCACAGCAGGUCAUGUUCCGAAAGGCUGUUCUCGGUUCUGUUCACUUGUAAGCGAAGGUGACGAGCUACUGCUCAAGCGUCCUAGGGCCACGGGUUCCCUCGCUGACCUGAGGCGCAGCUUCGUUCGUGUCUGUGUCCAUUCAAAAGCUAGGAGUUUAUGGUUGAGAGUUUCGUCAGCGUAAUUGUUUCUUGAUGGGGAUAAGAAAUAGCAAAAAAGAAAGCUAACGAGCCGAGAAGCCCAGUUUGCUGCAACAUUGCUUUUCUUCUCUGAUCAAAAGGGGAAAAAACGGAGGAGGGAGAUUUCAGUGCUCCCCAGGAGUUCACGUCCCUAAUCGUCACCCAAGGAGCCUGAGCAUGUAGAUGUCUUGAGAUUACAGAUGAGCGUGUCCCUGGACUCUUUUUAUACUUCAUGUGACACCGGGGCCUUCAUGUGAGCAGAACUAAAUCUAGUCGGUCCCAUUCAAGCGAGAGCUGACGGGCACUUUCACACCACUGACAAUUGACCACAUGUUUCUCACCAUCGUCUCAUUCGCUAGCUCCCUGAGAACACGGGGCAGGAAGCUUCUGCAGGGGCCUUUGCCUUUCUCCCCUGAUUUCCCUUUUGACAAGUUUUCAGAUCAGUUUGCCCCCUAGUAUUGUCCCCUCCGUGGGUGUCCGAGUCCCUGCACCGCUGCAUGGUGGGGCAGCCUAGUCACCACAUUGCCGGGGCAGGGCAUGCGCACUGCAUGGCGCACCUUGUGCAUCUCGGGAUGCUAGCUGCAUCUUCAUUCUCUCUUUAAAAUAAAAGUGGCUCUAUGCAGCCAUAAUUCACUCUCAAAUUCACAUCGGUGUGCUGUGAGCAAACAAAGGUUUGCCUGCAUCCUUCCAAAUUGUAACCAUGGUAAUCGAGGGGUGGCACAGAAUGAGUAUAUAAAAAUACAAUGACACUUGUUCUGAAUGACUGAGUGUCCUCCUGACAUGUAAUUAGCUGUUUUAGUGAGAUGUAGAUUGGCAUGGUCAUAAUUAAAAGGAUUUCUGUUCUCUGUGAUUGGACGUGGCAGCUCUCCCAUUCCCUGUUCCCUUUUAGCACGAAUGCUCCCGAGAACAUUUGGAACAGCAGCUCAGUAAACUAAAAUAAUGACAUGGUGUUUGUGUCCUCUCCUAAGUGAGAGAGAAGGAUUUGGAAAUAGUUCAGCUUCAAAAUGGAAGCCUUUGAUUAUGAUUCCCCAUUUGACUUCUAAAGUGCUUGAAACCUGCCUCUCACAUCCAGAUCCAACCUGCUCCACAUUUGGCAAAGUUACAGUCAGAAUCCCAAACUGAGUCAGCCGCCAGCAAGACCUCCAGGUCCCUCUGUCCACUUGCCAGCCAGCCAGCGUCUGGUGUUGGCCUGACUCGAGGCCAUUUACUGCCUAACCAGCCCCCUAGAAUUUAAAAUUUUUCCUUGGUUACUUGAUAUUUCCAUUGCCAUCACCGUCAGAAAGUAUUUCUCAAAUAGGCGUUCACAUAGGAGUUAAAUAGGGUUUUCCUCAUUGGAUCACAUGACAAACACAUAAAUAACCUAAGCAAGGGCUCCCAGCCUUUAUGUAUGGGCUUUAGACAACUGUGAGGCAUGAAUGGAAUCCUGAUAUUCUCAGUGUGUGAAAGUUACUCGAGCAAAAGGUCACGUGUGAGUUCCAAGUUUUCUCAUGUUGCUCUUGUGCAGAUUAACCACUCUGCUGCUGUGUCUGUGGGACUGUCAACAUAACCCUUCCAAACCCAUGUUCUCUCCUUCCCACUUUCUUCCUUUCUCUUCCUUCCGCUCUGUCCCACCCAGCAUCGAGUGGUCUUGAUGCAUACAGUUCCCUACCUGAUACUGCCCACUGUUCACACCCUGAAGCCUCACCCUGGAUGGGAGCUGGCAUAUCACCAUCUAGCCUUUCUUUAGAAUUUGCUUCAUUUGGCCUUUCCUGUCACCCUCAUUAGUCUGUUCAGUUGUAUGAUUAAGAGCCAGUCUACACAAAAACCAGGACACAACAUCAUGCCCAGUGGCCCUCGACAAGCUGCUGCAUCCUGGCUGUGCCUGGAGCCCUUGCUUCAGACCUGGGUGCCCAGGAUUGGUUAGUACACUAAAGAAAGCACAGCUCUUGCUUUUGUUAAUAUUUUGCUGCCAUCCUAUGCGCAUCUUUCCCCCUCUGCACAUAGCAGAAGGAAUCCUAACCCAGGUGCUAAACUUCAGUUUCAUGAAAAUGCUGAGGUCGGCCCCUCCCCAGCCCCCAAAAACACACAGCAUUUGGAAAAAGUUUCUGCCUUUGGGGUUUUUAAAUUUUUGUUCCCCUUGAAAUACCUACAGUCAAAUGUAUAGCUGGGCUAGAUCAGGAAAAAUAAUGCCAUGCAAAGUUUUUGCUCCUUCCCUUCCUGUGAGACCUCUGUGUGCUCUCAUCCCCACCCCACACACAGCACCUGUCCAUCCUCUGCAGUGGGGAAGAUCGUGACUUACAACCCCAGAGACUAUCCCAUCCCUUUUCUGAUUUCCCGGCUGCUAAAAGACAACUGUCUCUAUUAGAAUUGAAAAUCUAUCUGAAGAUUAGUGGUCCUGAGAACUGACUAGAUGAAUGUAACUGAUUUCUGAGAGACCAGCAUUCAAAAGUCAGCAGAACAUACUGAUUAUCCGCUUACGUUCAGUGGAAAUAGAAUUAUCACUGCAGUUAAGCCUAACAUAAUCUACUAUUUUAGGGAUCAAAGUAUUAGAUGUGCGGCUUCAGGGUUGGUGCUACUUAGAAAGAACUGAAGUUGGCAGGACAGGUCCCUCACAGAUGGUUCCAGAGGCCGUGAUUCAGAAUACUAUCAGCAGCCCCCACUAAGAAGAACGAAGACAAAAGCAGCCAACUCACCAAAAUAUGAAAAUAUAGGUAGCGAUAACCCCUGAAAUACGUAUUUUUUGGCAAACCCUAAGAGUUAUUUUUACAAGAAACUAGAGCAGAGAUGCUUAAUUGUAGAUGAAAAUACUGCAUUCAGCCCUCCGGGGGCCCUCAAAACUCCUGACGAUAGCAGCGGCAUUUAUUGAACAUGUACCACGUGCCGCGCACUGUGCUGAAUGCUUUUGCUCCCUCACUUCUUGAAGAUUAACAGACCCUGCCCUGAGCUGUACCUUAGUGGAGUUAAGUAAAAUCUCCAGGUGUUAGCUUCCAUCUUAGUAGGGUGUUAAUCGGGGAGUAGGCUGCCUGGAGUCUACCCGGCAGUUCUCUGAGUAAAGUCCCUGCAUUUAACCUGUUUCCUUUUCUCAUGGGGCAGUGCUAGACAAUCCCUCCCACCCCCAGCACACUUGCUGUCAUCCUGUGCAUUUAACUCUCUCUGAUGCCGGACUGUGUCACUUGAUGAUCUAGACACCGAGCAUCUUUCCCCUGGGCGACAGGAGCAUAGGGAGCUUCGCUGCUGUCCCGGCUCCAGCAGGCCUUGCCUUUUACUGGGAGGAAAUGUUAACAGCUGUCUUACGGUCUGAGUUCCCAGGGGACUGGGAUUUACUAGCUCUCCUUGGGUGUGGCUGCAGUCGGUUGAGGCAAAGGAUAUUAACAUCUUUCGCACUUCCUGUUCUCUGUUUAGCUCUUCUAGCAUUUUCUUAGUGCCUGGUACUUUUAGGCACCCUGCUUACUUAAAGAUGUCUAGC